AUGCUGGUUUUGUCUGGACACGUCGUGAAGCUAGCUGCUUUUGGCUUCGACAGAGAGGGUCGGCCCGUCCAUCUGCAGAAGGCCGGUUACGCUUCGCAGCGCUUCGCGGCGAUGUAUACCUUUGCCGGCGACAAUGCCGGUCACCGCCUGGUUUACGACGGUUACGUACGGAUGCAGGAGCUCCAAGCCGCUCGCAUGCGCGAAUCCUCACAGCGAUUGGGACGGCAGGUGACGCAGCAGGUGGUCAUCAUGGACAUGAAAGGGCUCAGCUACUGGCCUGACCCACGGGCUAUGUCUGUCUUCAAAGAGUUCUUGAGCGUGAGCCAAAGGUACUACCCAGAGACGCUGGGGGUCCAGUUCUUUCUGAACACCCCACCAAUCUUCCUCGCGAUCUGGCGGCUCAUCAAGGACUGGAUAGAUCCGGUGACAGCAAGCAAGAUGCAUCUUUUGGGAUCGGACUUCCAGGGCACUUUGCUCCAGUACAUCGCUCCGGACCAACUCCCUGUGGAGUAUGGAGGGACUAACUCUUUCCAAGGGCUGAACACGCAGCGAACCCUCCCGGAGAUCCAGAGUUACUACGCGAUCUUUGAGGGUGCUGCAGAGGCUCUUCCGGGACGGAGGCCGCAAGACAGGAAGAGCUCGUCUUCGUUGAGCCGCGCUUCACGUAGCCGCAUCGAGACUCCGUCGCCGCAGUCUGGGCAGAAGAAGUCCUUCAGCUGGCUGGUCGCGCUGCUGUCCAUCCUGCUGGUGGCAUUGAUUUUUCCAUUGCUGAGCUACCCGGCACAGCCGUAG